UUCCGGAGAUCUAUUGUGGGUGCUCAGUAUUUAUACCGCACCGACUUCAGGUUAUUGUAGCGACCUGCACCUUCAUCACUCCGCGGUCCCGGUGUCCACCCCGAGCAGCAGCAACAUGUCUCAGGCUAGAGUUACCGACUUCUUCUCCCAGAGAAAGAAAGGCAUCGCCGAGCCAGUGAAAGCAGGCAAGCCGAGCAGGAGCACCGCUGUCGGCCGUGGCUCUGCUGGGAUCACCUCCAAUGUCUCCAGGACCAGGUCAUUACAAAACAAAGGAGAUUUACCUCUGUCCUCCUCCGUCCAUGAAGAGUUUGUCCGAAUGAUCGAUGAGGCAGCGGAACUAGACCCCGGAUCGUGUGUCGGUAACCCCGCGAAGAAUUCCCCCUCCAGCCCCCGGACACCGAAGCGGACCUCGGCUGACACAGAGUUUGACCUCGGGUCUGCGCUGUUCUCAGCCACCGCCGACCACAGCACGGCGAAGAGGAGACGGCAUGCCGAGGCCGGUAGAGAGGCUAAAGCUGCGGUCCAGAAAGCUCCGAAGAGGAAGGCCAGGAAGAAACUACUCCUCCCGCAAGACUCGCCUCAGGCUGCCGCUCAGCCCAGAGAGGAGACCCCCCUCUCAGCUCCUGCAGCCUCUGUGUCUGGACACAAUGAGAAACACCUUAACCUCCAGACCCCCCCACAGAGGAGUCCAGUCCCCAGCAGGAACACUGAAGGACGGGCUUCUAAGGCUCUGGGUAAAGAGGACCUUGCAGCCCUCAAGUCUCGCCUUCAGAGGAUCAAGAAACACGCAGAGAGAAUCCCCAGCCCUGCUUCAGCCCCCACACCAUCCUCUCCAGCUGCUUCAGCUCUCAACAGCACCCCCACACCUGCCAUUUCUGAUGCUAAGACCCUCAAGUCAACUGUAGCACAGGCUAAAGAGCUAGCUGUUAAAGCUCAGCGGAGGAAAGCGGAGCGAGAGGCCAAGAAGAGCAGCCUGAGUGAAACACCAUCCCAGGACAGUACUGAGCAGCCGGCCUACCAGCGGUACCACAACCUCGCCCAGGCCGCCCCCCCGGGGUUGUCCCUGCCGUACCAGUACAAGGUGCUGGCUGAGAUGUUCAGGAGCAUGGACACUGUGGUGGCCAUGCUGUACAACCGCUGUGAGACCACCACCUUCACCAAGCUCAAACAAGGAGUCCAGGACAUGAUGCACAAGCGCUUUGAGGAGAGCCACGUUGGUCAGAUCAAGAUGGUGUUUCCUGAGGCCUACACCUUCAGACAGGAGAAGAACAUCCCCACCUUCACCAGCGGCAUUAAGAAGGGCAGCUACCAGCUCACUGUGGAGCCCGUCGUCCCCUCCGACCAGAAUGAACCUCGUCCUGUCCUCUCGGCCACUCGCCUCCUGGAGAGGAGACAAAUCUUCCACCACAGUCUGGUCUCCGUCGUCAAACAGCACCACAAGGUGUUUCUUUCCACGUUGGUUCCUGUGGUGACUGUUCCAGAGGACAAACUGACCCGCUGGCACCCCCGCUUCAAUGUGGACACUGUCCCAGUCAUCUCCACCAGCCUGCUUCCCCAGCCCCCCCACACCGAGAAACUGUCCACCGCUCAGGAGGUGCUGGACAGGGCCCGCUCCUUCAUCACACCCAAGAUGGAGAAGGCUCUGGCUGCUCUGGCUCUGAAGACUGAAGAGACUAAAGAGCCCACACCUCCACAGAACCCAACAGCCCCCCCACCCCCAGCUCCAUCAGAAACUCAGGCCCCAACGGCCCUGAAAGGAGUGUCCCAGUCCCUGCUGGAGAGGAUUCGGGCGAAGGAGGCCCAGAAGCUCCAGGCAGCCAUGACCAGAAACCCCGUCCAGGAGGGGCGCCUGCUGAUGAUGUCACGGCUCCCCGAGCUGGCCAGGAUUCUCCGGAACGUUUUUGUGACCGAGAAGAAACCAGCUUUAAUAAUGGAGGUGGCCUGUAACAAGAUGGUGGCCAGCUUCAGAUCUGCCCUCAGCUCAGGUGAGAUGGAGAAGCACAUCCGUCUGCUGGCAGAAGUGGCCGGUGAAUGGCUGAAAAUUCAUCCAAUCAGGAAGGACUUUUACCUGAAAUUGAACAAGAACAUGGAGCUCAACAUCGUCCUGGACCAACUGAGCAUCAGACUGCGAGAGGAGGAGAGGACCUGAGAGGACUGACAGAAUAAUGACUGAAUGAUCCAGUGAAGUGGUGACCUCAGUGACCCCCCCCCCCCCCCU